AUGGCGGAGUUACUGCCCAUCAAGAUAUUGCUAUUGGGCGAUGAGAAGGUUGGAAAGUCUACGUUUCUAGCUCGCAUGAGUAAAGGAAGCACAGAGCUUGAGGGGAGAACCGACAUCCACUUAUUACGUGACAUGGAUCAGCCAUUCGUUUUUGAAGCAAGAAAUAAGAAAGGAGGAUAUCGACUUGAGUUUUAUGACACAUCUAGUCCUGAGAGCUGGCGCCUGCUCAAACCAGAUCUGGUGAUUAUUUGUUAUGAUAUCAGUCAAAGGCUGACCCUGAUCAAUAUGCAAAGAAUUUGGAUUAACGAGGUCCGCUCAACCUUCCAACACGAGGACCAACUGCCUAUCGUGAUACUAGGUCUCAAGCGGGACUUGAGAUCUGAGCAGGACCCCAACGGAAUUAUUUACCCACAAGAGGCGUAUAAAGUGAGUCAGGAGAUGAGGGCCGACAAGUAUGCUGAAUGUUCAGCUGUGACUGGUGAGCUGUUUAAACUAGCCUUCGAGGAGAUAUUCAGCACAGCCAUGAAAACCACCACGGCUGUUGGCGGGCAGAGCGAGGGUGGCUGUGUUGCCAUGUAA